AUGCAGGAAGUUGAGGUGUUCUAUUAUUGGGGCAUAGAUUUUGUUGGACCACUGCCUUCUUCUCUCACAAAUGAAUACAUCCUUGUGGCAAUAGACUAUGUCUCAAAAUGGUUUGAAGCUAUUGCUACACCCAAGGCGGAUGUCAAAACAGUAGUGAAGUUCCUCAAGAAGCACAUUUUUAGAAAAUUUGGCACCCCUAGGGUACUUAUCAAUGAUGGAGGUUCACACUUCUGUAAUGCUCAGUUGGAGAGGGCUCUAGAACACUAUGGAAUCCAUCAUAAGGUUGCCAUCGCCUAUCACCCUCAAACCAAUGGUCAAGCCGAGGUUUCUAAUAGAGAGAUCAAGAGGAUUUUGGAGAAAACUGUGUCAUCUUCAAGGAAGGAUUGGUCUACAAAGCUUGAUGAAGCUUUAUGUACUGGUGAGAAGAGGAAGUUAGAGCUACAUGCUCUUGAUGAAUUGAGGCUACAAGCCUAUGAAUCAUCCAAGCUUUACAAGGAGAAAGUCAAGAGCUAUCAUGACAAGACGAUUCUCAAGAGGGAGUUCAGGGCAGGCCAGUCAGUACUACUUUUCAAUUCUAGGCUCAAACUCUUCCCUGGAAAACUAAGAUCUAAGUGGUCUGACCCUUUUAGAGUUAAGGAAGUGAAACCCUAUGGUGCAAUAGAAAUUGAAGAUCCUAAGGCACAAAGAAGUUGGGUUGUGAAUGGACAACGAUUGAAACCCUACUUGGGUGGAGAAGUCGAAAGACUCUGUUGUAUCCUUUCUUUUAGAGAUCCUUGA